AUGAAUGGUCUAUCUCUCGUGAUUGGGCUGGUUAUCGGCUCCGGUAUCUUCUCAUCUCCCAGCCAGGUCAAUGCCAAUGCGGGGUCGCCUGGUGCGUCGCUGAUUGCAUGGGUUGUUGCUGGCCUACUUGCAUGGACGGGGGCAGCCAGCUAUGCAGAGCUCGGCGGAGCUAUUCCCCUGAACGGAGGCUCCCAGGUCUAUCUCUCUAAAAUCUUCGGGGAGCUGGCGGGCUUCCUGUUCACGUGGUGCUCAGUUUUGGUCUUGAAGCCGGGCAGUGCGGCUAUCAUCGCAAUCAUCUUCGGAGAAUACGUCGUAAGAGCCUUCGUUGGCGCCGAUGUGGAAACGGUAAAUCCCUGGAUAAACAAGGCUGUUGCGUUUGGCGGGAUUUUCGUGGUGACUUUGUUGAACUGUAUUUCGACUAGAGUGGCUGCGCGCAUUGGUGACCUCUUCAUGUUCUUCAAGUUUGUCGCGUUGCUGGGCGUCACCAUCAUCGGUAUCAUUGUGGCCAUCACAGGUCACUCAUCGACUGGCAGUGCCAACAAGGAAUGGAAGUCCGGCUGGUUCGAGGGCACGAACCUCGACAUAUCCGCAUGGGCUGUAGCACUGUACGCGGGUCUUUGGGCCUUUGACGGUUGGGACAACACAAACUACGUGACUGGCGAGUUCAAGAAUCCCAACAAGGAUCUUCCACGAGUGAUCCACACAGCCAUGCCACUAGUCAUCCUCUCCUAUCUCCUUGCCAAUAUCUCCUACAUUCUCGUUCUCCCUCAUUCGACUAUUGAAGCGACCAAUACCGUCGCCAUUCAGUUCGGCGACAAGGUCUUUGGUCACGUGGGAGCCCUUAUAUUCGCGCUCAUCGUAUCCGCGAGUUGCAUAGGCGCCUUGAACGCCACGGCCUUCACCAGCGGCCGUUUAGUUUAUGCAGCCGGAAAAGAGGGCUAUCUCCCCUCUAUUUUCGGCAAACUAUGGACUCGAGACACCUCCACCAACCGACUCCAGCGCCGCUCCUGGGCCACCAAGGUCUUUUCGCGCCUCUGUGGAGAUGGCACGCGAAUUGGCUUCACCCCCAUUUACGCCAUGGCGCUGAACAGUACACUCACCCUCAUUUACGUCAUCGUCGGCGAAUUCAAAACCCUUGUCACCUUUUACGGGGUAGCCGGGUACACCUUUUACUUCGUGACGGUGCUAGGCCUGAUAAUUCUUCGCGUGCGGGAACCCUACCUGCAUCGCCCCUACAAGACCUGGAUUUCCACUCCCAUCAUCUUCUGCUGCGUUAGUCUCUUCCUCCUCAGCCGGGCUAUCAUUGCAGAACCGCUUCAGACAUUAAUUGUCGUCGCUUUCAUCGUCGCCGGUGUCCCUGUCUAUUAUUGGCGGAUCUACAAACGCGAUGGACGAAAGGCGUUUCCUAAUUGGAAGUUUUGGCAACGCCGGUGA